GGGUUGCUACCCACGCCCCUUUUCGGAAGGCGGCACGUUGCUCGAUUAUGACGACUUUGAAGACUACGCACCAAUUGCGACGGGCAAGACCACUACCGUGUUCAAGGCCACACACUGUCCGACUGGCACUGCUGUCGCCAUCAAGGCGAUCGUGCGCGCGUCGAUGACGUACGGCGCGUGUGUGAACUUUCGGCGGGCGGUCGAAUUUGGUUUUCACAUUCAAGAUCCCGCAGUCGUGCCUGUCUUUGGGUGGUUUUACACCGCCGACAAAGUAUUUAUCGUGACGGAGUACUGCGCCAUGGGCGACUUGAACGACGUUUACCCGGCGCCAGGUCCCGUUGCGCCGCUGGAAGUUGCCAAGGUUGCUUGCCAGCUGGUCCAAGGCCUCAAGACCAUCCACGGCAACGGGGUCGCUCACCGCCGCCUCACGUUUGACAACAUUCUUGUCACGGAAGACGGCAAGGUGAAGAUCGCAAACUUUAGUGGGGCCGCUCGGGGCAAGCGGGUCUCUCUCCCGGGCCCCAACACUAACCCACCCAAGGAAAUGAAGUCGGACAAGUGCCACUCGACACCGGUGGACUUGUGGAGCCUUGGCAUCGUUCUUUUCACCCUUCUCACGGGGGCCGCUCCGGUCACUGACGGCGAGGGUGACACGCUGUUGCCCCUCAAUUUCCCCGACGACAUGUCGGUCGAUGGCAUCGACUUGAUCUCCCAGAUCCUCGUCGACGACGAGACGAAGCGACUCUCGCUCAGCGCCAUUGAGGCACAUGCGUUCCUCGCCUUGGGCAACAAGUAGUAACUACCUUCUUCAACCCGAGGCUACCAUUUGCUACGCGUAUUCCCUGUGCCAAAUGUAUAUCAAGGUGCCAACCGCUCACUCG